AUGCCACGUUGUUCGCAUAUCUGUAAUGCUGGUUUCUUAGUCAAUUCUUCUCAAAGAGGAAAAAAGAUUGGAUACCGGUUAGCCCAGGUUUAUUUGAAAUGGGCACCCUUACUUGGUUAUAAAUAUUCUGUUUAUAACCUUGUCUUUGAGACUAAUGUCGGAAGCUGGAAAAUAUGGGAUCACUUCAAGUUCGAUAGAAUUGGACUCGUUCCCAAGGCAGGUAUACUUAAGGGCCACAAAGAACCUGUCAAUGCUAUCAUUUUUGGUAAAGAUUUAACUAAGGUGGAACCUGAAUUAUUUGACGACUUUCAAUUGAUUUAA